AUGCAGUGCAGACGAUCAGUUGUGUCAAGUGCCAUCUUCUCCAAGCAUGUCCUCAGAGCACUCAAUAGCCCCGCGGCAACAUUUGCCAGACCAGCGUUUUUAAAUWUCCAUCAUGGCAGCACUGGGUCCCGGCAAUUCAGCAGCUCGCCAGCAACUCGAUGGAAAGAUCUGUUCCCGGAACAGACGGCCUCCCAAGCCAUCAAGGAAACCGAGACAACAUGGAAGCAUCCCAUAUACACCAAGGAGCAGAUGAACGAGGUUGUCGUUGCGCACCGCAACAUCAAGACAUGGUCAGACCGGGUGGCAAUCGCAUUCGUGAGGACUCUCAGAUUUGGCCUGGAUUUGGCCACUGGCUAUAGGAAGGGAGCUGGAAACAUGACUGCUCGACAGUACAUGAUCCGCAAUGUCUUUCUCGAGUCCGUCGCAGGUGUGCCCGGCAUGGUCGCCGGUAUGCUGAGGCACCUGCACUCCCUGAGGAGGAUGAAGAGAGACAAUGGCUGGAUCGAAACGCUUUUGGAAGAGAGUUUCAACGAAAGAAUGCAUCUGCUCACAUUCAUGAAGAUGGCAGAGCCAGGCUGGUUCAUGAGGAUAAUGGUCCUUGGAGCUCAAGGCGUCUUCUUCAAUGCCUUUUUCGCUUCGUAUCUGUUGUCCCCACGGACCGCGCAUCGCUUCGUCGGAUUCCUGGAAGAGGAGGCCGUCAUCACAUACACUCGGGAGCUCGAAGACCUGGACGCUGGCCGCCUACCCGAAUGGGAGAAGAUGGCAGCUCCUGACAUCGCUAUUUCUUACUGGAACAUGCCAGAAGGUCACCGAACGAUGCGUGACCUGCUGCUCUACAUUCGCGCCGACGAGUCGAAACAUCGCGAGGUAAAUCAUACGUUGGCGAAUCUGCAGGAAUCUGAUCCAAACCCCUACAACUCGAAAUACGACUCAGACGACAAGAAGCCUCGUCCUGUGAAGGACCUCAGACACCAAAAGCCAACCGGAUGGGAGCGGGAGGAGGUCAUCUGA